CUGCUCGCUAGCGCAGUGGCUGCUGGCUCUGUCUGCCCCAGCCGGUCCAGAGGGGCGCGGGCGCCUUGCUGGCGCUGUACUUAGGAGCUCCGGAGCCCGAAGCGCACGCCUAGCCGCGUGGGCGGCGAUGAGCGCCGAGGGAUCGCAGUCCCUGGCCGCCCCCCGCGGGCGUCCUAGUCACCUACUGGUGCCCGCGCGGACAAAAACUGCUCUGGCCUUGCUGUAUGACGAAGGGCUAGAAAAUGCCUAUGACGUCCGGCUGAAGCUGACGAAAGAGGUGCUGACUAUUCAAAAGCAAGAUGUGGUCUGCAUCGGGGGAGCUCCUUCUGGUGCUAAUCACAGAACUGUUACACUUCGCAGACAACCUGUGGGUGGCCUGGGCCUAAGUAUCAAGGGAGGAGCAGAGCAUGGGGUCCCUGUCGUCAUAUCUAAAAUAUUCAAAGACCAAGCAGCUGACCAGACAGAGAUGUUGUUCAUAGGAGACGCUGUGCUACAGGUUAAUGGCAUUAAUGUAGAAAAUGCAACCCAUGAAGAAGUGGUACAUCUUCUGAGAAAUGCUGGCGACGAUGUCACCAUCACUGUUGAGUACCUCAGGGAAGCCCCCUCAUUUCUGAAGCUGCCAUUAGGGUCCCCAGGGCCAUCCAGUGAUCACAGCAGCAGGGCCUCGUCGCCUCUCUUUGACAGUGGCCUGCACCUGAAUGGACACUGCAGCCACACAGCUCCAUCAUCACCUUCCUCACCCAUAGCUAAUGAACCAAAGUAUGAGAAGCGUUGGCUAGACACCUUGUCAGUCCCUUUGUCCAUGGCUCGGAUCUCCAGAUACAAAGCAGGAACAGAAAAGCUCAGGUCCAGUGCAUUUGAGGUACUGGCGCUGGAUGGAGCCAGCACAGGGGUUCUUCAGUUCUCCACCUCCCAGGACUGUGCUGACUGGCUGCGUGCAAUCUCAGCCAACAUCAGUGACCUGACACUUCAACAUAUGAAAAUGGCAAAUAAAUGCUGCUCUCCCUGUGACCAGGUGGUGCACAUGGGCUGGGUAAAUGAGCGGCUCCAAGGUGCCACCGACAACUCUCAGACCUUCGGAUCCAAGUUCUUGGCCCUAAAGGGACCAUCGUUCUACAUUUUCAGCAGUCCUCCGGUAAGCACACUGGAUUGGGGACGAGCAGAACGUGCCUAUAACCUCUGUGAGGUGCUGUUUAAAGUUCACAAGUUCUGGAUUUCAGACAACUACUGGCUUCAGGCAAACUUGUAUCUUGGUCUCCAAGAUUUUGACUGUGAAGACCCCAGGCAAUACUGCUUCAGUGUCCUGGCCAGCCAUGGGAAGAGCCACGUCUUCAAUGUGGAGCUGGGCAGUGAGCUGGCUGUGUGGGAAAAGUCAUUCCAAAGAGCAACUUUCAUGGAAGUUCAGAGAACUGGGUCAAAAACAUAUCUGUGCAGCUGGCAAGGAGAAAUGCUGUGCUUCACGGUGGAUUUUGCUCUGGGAUUCACCUGCUUUGACGGUAAAACAAAGAACGUACUCUGGAGAUUCAAGUUCUCUCAGCUUAAGGGAUCUUCAGAUGAUGGGAAAACUCGAGUAAAGCUGCUGUUUCAGAACCUGGACACCAAACAGAUUGAGACGAAGGAGCUGGAGUUCCAGGACUUGACGGCGGUCCUCCACUGCAUCCACUCCUUCAUUGCUGCCAAGGUGGCCUCCCUGGACCCCGUAUUCAUGGACAGCCAGAGCAUGGCAAGAAGAUAUAUGUGCAGCAGCUAAAACAAAUCUGGAGAGUGCUGCAAGCAAUUACAUUAUUUUCUUAAGAAGCAAAUCCUUCCUGCACAAUGUUGCAACUUUGUGUGGUUUUAUAAUGAGCCUACAGUUGUGAUACCAAUAAAGACAUCACUAGUUUCACAGAUGGGUCAGACUGUUGAAUCUGACAGUUGGGGUACGAACCUGACCAGGCACAGUGGAGGUAGGAACUCAGGGUCUUCUGAAACCAUCCCACCUCAGCCUGUCGCAAACAGCCAGAGAUGCAACACCACAGUCUACUGCUCUCAUUCGUGAAACCCAAAGUUUAUUUUUGCAGAAUACCAGAUAGGAGAGCGAGAA